CUUGUGUGUAUAGUAGUGCCAUAUUAAAGGCGUGUUAAGCUGUGAUCUGAGAGCUUUUAUCAUACAGCAUUCUGUCUCAAUGCUGAAUGAAAACAAAAGGAAAGUGAUAAAAUAUAAAGCGACUUUCCUGUAUUUUGUCUACACCAGAGAGAUCAUAUUUCUUCAGUGACUAUUUUAAAGAAGCUUGACUGUACAGCCAAGCACAAAUUUUUAUGAGCGUGUUUGAAAGAGCUAAAGUGAAAUACCGAUCUGGUGAAAUUAUGGUAUGUUAAACCUCUGCAUAUGUUCUGUGUUUAAUCCUACUAGAAGAGGAGUAAUAAGGUCACUCUCUUCAGUGACAGCUUGCCCAUAAGUGUUUAACGAACUUUUACUUUUUGAAUGAACUUCAUUGCCUUAGUUGAUUAAUCUCAGUUUCUCUAAGCUCUUGUCUGUGCAGCAAAGCCAGACUUCUAAAAACAAUAUACCUCUAAAAUUUAAUUUCAAAACUAUUUUUAUAUUGCAAGUCUUAAGGGCCUAGACUUACAGCCUGGGAUUUUUUUUUUAUUUUUAUUUUUUCCACCAGUUAGUUUUAGUAUGUGUUUGACAGAUGCUGAAGCAGUUUGAACUGUAAAUUAUGAAAAUGGCUGGUUCUGAAUUAAUUAUAUGCAGUUUUGGAGAAAAGGAAAGUUUUGAGUGUUAGAAUUGUAUCCUGCCUUCAGUAAGUACAUGUCAAUUUGGUCUUUAAAAUGGUGAAAGCUUACUAUGCAUUUUUCCAGAUAGUACUUUUGAUUUUUGUUGUGCAAGAAAGAUGUAAUUAAAGAGAAGUGAGAUCUCCUGUUGCUCAAAGUUGAGAAAGCAAUGCUGAGGAAGAAGUGGGAAAUCUUUCAAAUCUCCAUUGAAAGUUAGGCGUGUAAUCUGUUUAAAUCAUUCUGAAAGUCAUACCAAUCAAUUAUCUGCCUCUUUUGGCAUCUUAGUGCAUCUGUUCAUGCCUACUCAAAUAUGUCAGCUCAUUAGCUGAUAAAAGCAAAUGAUUAGUCAAUGCAAUUGAAAGCCAGAUGUAUUUAAAUAUUUAUCUUGCAUAAUUUAAAGUUUUAUAAUUAUAACUUUAAGAUAUGUUUGCACUGAGUUGUAAAAUCUUUCCAAAUACACCAUCAUAUGCAUUAUAGGCAGGGGGAAUUAUUCAAUAUAGUGGAAUAUACUAAUUAAUAAGCUAAAUGAUGUAAUUACUUGAAUGUUAAUAAUGGCUGUGACACUACCCUCCUAAUUAAUCAGAUGCCUGUAUUUGAUAGUUGCAAAUCAAAGUAAUUAAUACCAGUAUAGAAGCACUUGUUUCUAAAAAUACCUACAAAACCAAAAUAAGCUUCUAACUGAUACGGUUUCUUUUUUUCUUUUAUAACUAACCGUUCUAUAUGUAAGGUUUCCUGGUAUAAAUCAAGAUUAAAUUAAGGGGGUUUAAUGCCUUCAAUUUAAUCAGACUUGCUGUAUUGGGCUGUUAAUAGUGGAAUCAUUUAUCUUAAAAUGCUUGAUUAUUCCCCUGCUUUUUAACCAAAUUAUUUAGCACCUUAAGGCUUAUAGUGAGGUGUUCUAUUUUUUUUUUUUUAAGCGGAAGUAGCUCUACUAUUCCAAGAUGUUGAUUGCAUUAAUGUUUCUCUGAUUUGCUUCUAUAAAUUCUCCUUUCCUUUGAUUCCCUCGUAACUGGAUUGUAUUCUUUGUCAUUUAAGUGCUGGCAGUGUUUCUUCUGAUCCUUCCUAAAAGGAAGUAUGUAUUCAUUACAGCUGUUCUGCUCUCCAUUCCCUUCUGUGCUGCUUCAUGGAUGUCUUCAGAGAGUCUGGAUUUGGUUGGCCUCUGGAGAACUACAUAGUCAGUCUGACCUGCUGGAAUUGGUCACAUUCAGGGUACUGUGAGGAUAAAUGAGGGCAAGAAAGUACUCAUAAUCCAGUACUCAUCACUAAGUUGAAGUGUUUGCAGCACUUCCCAGAUCAGAAGAAUGAUGUGUUGAUAACUGCAAAAUUUUGUCAUCUCCCACUGUUUUCAUGUCAGUUUCAGGAUUUCUGCAGAGUGUACCUGCCAGGCUGUCAAUUAUAUAUAUAUUUUUUUUUUUUUCCCCCAGGUCUUAAUGUAUACAGAGUAGAAGCUUAGGACACCAGCAGAAAGGGGAGCUAGUCCAGGCUUUGCUAAUGCAGCUGUCAGAAUGGCUGCAGUUUUUCUGAAAUCUCAAAACUAAAAAAUUGUAAAAUCCCUCAUUUUUUGCUAAUGAUUGCUUGACGUUGGCUGCUUAAUGUUGCUACAAUGAAGCAACCUGUGAAUUGUCUGUUAUACUUUUGGUAAUAAGAUGGUAUUUUUGGUAUAAUGAUAAGUGGUUCGACAACUUCAUGCAAACUCAACUGAUGUGGUAAGAACAGGACAGAAUUCUUUCGUUUGUUUCGUGUUUUCUAUCUUUUGAUACUACUAUUAUUUGAUAACCAGUGCUGUGGAGCUGGUAAUUCCAGGUAAAGCAAAGUUUACAGUGUUAUUUUUAGAAAAGGGGCUCUACUAAAACUAGUAUACUUUUGUUCUGCCCUGAAAAUGGGGUUCACAACUGAUUGAAUUGCAGCACUAUAUUUUAGUGUUACAGAAGAGAAGAACUCCCUUCAGCUGAUGGCUGUGGACCAGAAUCCUGUAGGUUACCUAGGGUGAAACAAAAUUACAGGCUUGGAGACUCUGGAAAAGCUCAGCAUCAGCAUUUGAGAGCCGAAGCUUGCAAAUUAUGCGAUUAAUCUACAAGCUGAUAUCAUGAUGUCAAAAUGCAGUUCAGGAAGCAUAAACACAGAGACUGCGGAAAUUAAAACGUAGGCUGUGCUGGAACAAAAAUGCAAUGAAAGAAACACUGGAUGAAUGAAUGAAGAGCCCUGCUUUGCAAUCCCUCAGCAUGGCGGGACUGCAGCUCAUGACCCCUGCUUCCUCCCCAAUGGGUCCAUUUUUUGGACUACCAUGGCAACAAGAAGCAAUUCAUGAUAACAUUUACACACCAAGAAAAUAUCAGGUUGAACUGCUUGAAGCAGCUUUGGAUCAUAAUACAAUAGUCUGCUUAAACACUGGCUCAGGGAAGACUUUUAUUGCAGUACUACUCACUAAAGAGCUGUCCUAUCAGAUCAGGGGAGAUUUCAACAAAAAUGGAAAAAGAACUGUGUUCUUGGUCAACUCAGCAAAUCAAGUUGCUCAACAAGUGUCAGCUGUCAGGACACAUUCAGAUCUUAAAGUGGGAGAGUAUUCAAGUUUAGAGAUAACUGAAUCAUGGACAAAAGAGAAGUGGAGUCAGGAAUUCUCCAAGCAUCAGGUUCUGGUUAUGACAUGUCAUGUUGCUUUGACUGUUUUGAGAAAUGAGUAUUUAUCCCUGUCAAAUAUUAAUCUUCUGGUGUUUGAUGAGUGCCAUCUUGCAAUCCAGGAUCACCCAUACCGUGAAAUUAUGAAGAUCUGUGAGGAUUAUCCAUCAUGUCCUCGAAUCUUGGGAUUAACUGCUUCCAUUUUAAAUGGGAAAUGCGAUCCUGCUGAGCUAGAGGAGAAGAUCCAGAAACUGGAGAAAAUUUUAAAAAGCAAUGCUGAAACUGCAACUGAUUUGGUGGUCUUAGACAGAUAUACUUCUCAGCCAUGUGAGAUUGUUGUAGACUGUGGACCAUAUACUGACAAAAGUGGGUUGUAUGGAAGAUUAUUAAAGGAAUUGGAUGAAGCACUUACUUUUCUAAAUGACUGCAACAUAUCUGUACAUUCAAAAGAAAGAGAUUCUACCUUAAUUUCUAAGCAGAUACUGUCAGACUGUCGAGCUGUGUUGGUUGUUCUGGGACCCUGGUGUGCAGAUAAGGUAGCUGGGAUGAUGGUGAGAGAGCUACAGAAGUAUAUCAAACAUGAACAAGAGGAGCUGCACAGGAAAUUUUUAUUGUUUACAGACACUUUCUUAAGGAAAAUCCAUGCACUCUGUGAAGAGCACUUCUCGCCUGCCUCACUUGACCUGAAAUUUGUAACCCCAAAAGUAAUAAAGCUGCUUGAAAUCUUGCGCAAAUAUAAACCAUAUGAACGGCAGCAGUUUGAAAGUGUUGAAUGGUAUAACAAUAGAAAUCAGGAUAAUUACGUAUCUUGGAGUGAUUCUGAAGAUGAUGAUGAGGAUGAAGAAAUUGAGGAGAAAGAGAAGCCAGAGACUAAUUUCCCAUCUCCCUUUACUAAUAUUUUAUGUGGAAUUAUUUUUGUGGAAAGAAGAUAUACAGCAGUUGUUCUAAAUAGGUUAAUAAAAGAAGCUGGCAAACAAGAUCCAGAACUGGCUUACAUCAGUAGCAAUUUUAUAACUGGACAUGGCAUUGGCAAGAACCAGCCUCGUAACAAGCAGAUGGAAGUAGAAUUCAGAAAACAGGAAGAGGUUCUUAGAAAAUUCCGAGCACAUGAGACCAACUUGCUUAUUGCUACUAGUAUUGUAGAAGAGGGUGUUGACAUACCAAAAUGCAAUUUGGUGGUGCGUUUUGAUUUGCCCACAGAAUACCGUUCCUAUGUGCAGUCAAAAGGAAGAGCUAGAGCACCAAUUUCCAAUUACAUUAUGUUAGCAGAUACAGACAAAAUCAAAAGUUUUGAAGAAGAUCUUAAGACGUACAAAGCAAUUGAGAAGAUCCUCAGAAACAAAUGCUCAAAAUCUGUUGAUACCAAUGAAACUGAAAGUGAACCCAUUGUUGAUGAUGAUGAUGUAUUUCCACCCUAUGUGUUGAGGCCAGAUGAGAACAGUCCAAGAGUUACUAUUAACACUGCUAUUGGACACAUAAAUAGGUACUGCGCUAGAUUACCAAGUGAUCCAUUUACACACCUAGCUCCCAAGUGUAAAACCCGAGAACUACCUGAUCAUACGUUUUACUCUACUCUCUACCUGCCAAUCAACUCACCUCUUCGAGCUUCAAUUGUUGGUCCUCCAAUGAGUUGUGCAAGACUGGCUGAGAGAGUUGUAGCUCUUAUUUGCUGUGAAAAACUGCACAAAAUUGGUGAACUGGAUGAUCAUUUGAUGCCAGUUGGUAAAGAAACGGUUAAAUAUGAGGAGGAGCUUGAUUUACAUGAUGAAGAAGAAACCAGUGUUCCAGGAAGGCCAGGCUCUACAAAACGGAGACAGUGCUAUCCUAAAGCUAUUCCAGAAUGUUUAAGGGAUAGUUAUCCUAAACCUGAUCAGCCCUGUUACCUAUAUGUGAUAGGAAUGGUGUUGACAACUCCUCUACCUGAUGAGCUCAACUUCAGGAGACGAAAGCUGUAUCCUCCUGAGGAUACCACAAGAUGUUUUGGCAUAUUGACAGCCAAACCUAUACCUCAGAUUCCUCAUUUUCCUGUGUAUACUCGCUCUGGAGAGGUUACAAUAUCUAUUGAGCUUAAGAAAUCUGGUUUUACUCUGUCUCUGCAAAUGCUUGAGCUGAUAACACGACUCCACCAGUACAUUUUUUCACAUAUUCUUCGUCUUGAGAAACCUGCACUAGAGUUCAAACCCACAGAAGCUGAUUCAGCCUAUUGUGUUCUACCUCUUAAUGUUGUUGAUGACUCCAGCACUUUGGACAUUGACUUUAAGUUUAUGGAAGACAUUGAGAAGUCUGAGGCGCGUACAGGCAUUCCCAGUACACAAUAUACAAAAGAAAUGCCUUUUAUAUUCAAGUUAGAAGAUUACCAGGAUGCGGUUAUCAUUCCACGGUAUCGAAAUUUUGAUCAGCCUCAUCGAUUCUAUGUAGCUGACGUAUACACUGAUCUUACUCCACUCAGUAAAUUCCCUUCCCCUGAAUAUGAAACUUUUGCUGAAUAUUAUAAAACAAAGUAUAAUCUUGACCUUACCAAUGUCAACCAGCCACUGCUGGAUGUGGACCACACAUCUUCAAGACUUAAUCUUUUGACUCCUCGCCAUUUGAAUCAGAAGGGAAAAGCCCUUCCACUAAGCAGUGCUGAGAAGAGGAAAGCAAAGUGGGAAAGUUUGCAGAAUAAGCAGAUACUGGUUCCAGAGCUCUGUGCUAUACAUCCUAUUCCAGCAUCGUUGUGGAGAAAAGCAGUUUGCCUCCCCAGCAUACUUUAUCGCCUGCACUGCCUUUUGACAGCAGAGGAACUAAGAGCUCAAACAGCCACUGAUGCUGGUGUAGGGGUUAAAUCACUUCCUGCAGAUUUCAGAUAUCCUAACUUGGACUUCGGAUGGAAAAAGUCUAUUGACAGCAAGUCCUUCAUCUCUAUUCCUAACUCCUCUUUAGCAGAGAAUGAAAUUUACUGUAAGCACAGCACAAUUGUAGUCCCUGAAAAUGCUGCACAUCAAGGUGCUAAUAGAACCUCUUCUGCAGAAAACCAUGACCAAAUGUCUGUGAACUACAGAACAUUGCUCAAUGAGUCACCCAGCAAACUCCAAAUUGAUGUCUCGGCAGAACUUGCAGCAAUUAAUGGUGUUUCUUAUAAUAAAAAUCUUGCCAAUGGCAAUUGUGAUUUAGUUAACAGAGACUUUUGCCAAGGAAAUCAGCUGAAUUACUGCAGGCAGGAAAUACCUGUACAACCAACUACCUCAUAUCCCAUUCAGAAUUUAUACAACAGUGAGAACCAGCCCAAGCCCAGCAAUGAAUGUACUCUACUGAGUAAUAAAUACCUUGAUGGAAAUGCUAACAGAUCUACCUCAGAUGGAUGCCCCAAAAUGGCAGUGACCACCAGUACUUCAAAAGCUAUUAAUCUUUCAAAAGACAGAGCAGAUUCUGAAAAGAGCCCUUCCAGUGGGUACUCCUCAAAAACUCUUGGUCCUAAUCCUGGUCUCAUUCUUCAAGCUUUGACUCUUUCAAAUGCUAGUGAUGGAUUUAAUCUGGAGCGGCUAGAAAUGCUUGGUGAUUCAUUUUUAAAGCAUGCCAUCACUACGUACUUGUUUUGCACUUACCCUGAUGCUCAUGAGGGACGUCUGUCAUAUAUGAGAAGCAAAAAAGUCAGCAACUGUAACUUGUAUCGCCUUGGAAAGAAGAAAGGACUGCCUAGUCGUAUGGUGGUAUCAAUUUUUGAUCCUCCGGUCAAUUGGCUUCCUCCUGGUUACAUAGUAAACCAGGACAAGAGCAACAAUGAUAAGUGGGAGAAAGAUGAAAUGACAAAGGAGAACUUGUUGGCUAAUGGUAAACUUGAUGAUUAUGAUGAUGAUGAAGAGGAUGAAGACCUAAUGUGGAGGUUACCCAAGGAAGAAACAGACUUUGAAGAUGAUUUUCUGGAGUAUGAUCAGGAGCAUAUCAAAUUCAUUGAUAAUAUGUUAAUGGGAUCAGGGGCUUUUGUGAAGAAAAUUUCACUGUCACACUUUUCAACCACUGAUUCAAACUAUGAAUGGAAAGCACCCAAAAAGUCAUCCCUGGGUAAUGUUCAGUUUUCAUCAGAUUUUGAUGAUUUUGACUAUAGCUCUUGGGAUGCUAUGUGCUAUCUGGAUCCUAGCAAGGCUGUUGAAGAGGAUGAUUUUGUAGUGGGCUUCUGGAAUCCCUCAGAAGAAAACUGUGGUGUUGAUGCAGGAAAACAGUCUAUCUCGUAUGACUUGCAUACAGAGCAGUGUAUUGCUGACAAAAGCAUUGCAGACUGUGUGGAAGCCCUGUUGGGCUGCUAUCUGACCAGCUGUGGUGAAAGAGCUGCUCAGCUUUUCCUGUGUUCAUUGGGGCUGAAGGUGCUCCCUGUAAUUAAAAAGAAUGAUUGGGAAGGCACUUUGUGUGCUACCAGAGAGAAUUGUAACAGUGAGCAGAAAAAUCUUUCACCAAACUCUGUUUCUGCUUCUGUAGCUAAUUCAGAGCCUUCUCUGUAUAAAGACCUGGAGUAUGGCUGUUUGAAGAUUCCACCGAGGUGUAUGUUUGAUCACCCAGAUGCUGAAAAAACCUUAAAUCACCUUAUUUCUGGUUUUGAAAACUUUGAGAAGAAAAUUAACUACACUUUUAAGAACAAGGCUUAUCUUCUUCAGGCAUUUACUCAUGCCUCGUACCAUUAUAAUACCAUUACUGAUUGUUACCAGCGCUUAGAAUUCCUGGGAGAUGCAAUUUUGGACUACCUCAUAACCAAGCACCUUUACGAAGACCCACGGCAACACUCUCCAGGAGUUCUUACUGACCUACGAUCUGCUCUAGUCAAUAAUACCAUUUUUGCAUCAUUAGCUGUAAAGUAUGACUACCACAAGUACUUCAAAGCUGUCUCUCCUGAACUGUUUCAUGUUAUUGAUGACUUUGUGCAGUUUCAAAUGGAAAAGAAUGAAAUGCAAGGGAUGGAUUCUGAGCUCAGAAGAUCUGAAGAAGAUGAAGAAAAAGAGGAAGACAUUGAAGUACCAAAGGCCAUGGGGGAUAUAUUUGAGUCCCUUGCUGGUGCCAUUUAUAUGGAUAGUGGAAUGUCUUUGGAAAUGGUUUGGCAAGUGUACUAUCCGAUGAUGAGGCCAUUAAUAGAAAAAUUUUCUGCUAAUGUGCCCCGUUCCCCAGUGCGAGAGCUGCUGGAGAUGGAGCCAGAGACAGCCAAAUUUAGCCCUGCAGAAAGAACUUACGAUGGAAAGGUCCGAGUAACAGUGGAAGUUGUAGGAAAGGGAAAGUUUAAAGGUGUUGGCAGAAGCUACAGGAUUGCCAAAUCUGCAGCUGCAAGAAGAGCACUACGAAGCCUCAAAGCGAAUCAACCUCAGGUCCCAAACAGCUGAGACUCCUCUUAAAAUUAAGUAAAAUGGGGGAAAAAAACACAUACAGAUAAAGCAAAUUUAAAAAAAAAUGUUGGUGUUGAGAGGAACAAAUUGGAAGACAGCAUUUAAAGUUUGUUUGAUAACAGAAUAGAUAAAACAUUUAACAUGUAUAAAAUUUUGGAACUAAUUGUAGUUAUAGUUUUUUGCGCAAACACAAUCUUGUCUUCUUUCCUCACUUCUGCUUUGUUUAAUCACGAGAGUGCUUUAAUGAUGACAUUUAGCAAGUGUUCAGAAUAAUUGUUGUCAGGUCUUUUUGGUUUACUUUUAUUGUCAGUACAGCUUUGCUUAGUGUUAGAAGGCCAGGGAGCUUAUGCCUAAUGCAGUUGCUAGAUUUAUAUAUAGUAAUCUUGAAGUUCUUCAAUCUGUGCACUAGUGCCAGUCAUAAAACAGUUGAUAAACUGUACUGGAUGAUUGGGUAUAAGAAAGAAUAAGUGUGCCAGUAUUCUCCUUUUUUUUUUUUUUUUUUUUUUUUUUUUUCUCUCUCCUCCUUUCUCUCAAUGUCAUCUUUUUACAUUAAGAUGACAUUCCCAAUCAUUGUUGCACUUAUUUGUUAGGGACAGAUUUUAAUUGAAAUGGCUGGCAUACUGGUAGAAUAAAACUUCACUUCCCUUAUGCCACACAGUCUUGCAUAAAAAAAGGUUCUUGCCUUAAAAAUAAAUAAACCCUCAUUAACAAUCUUUAAUUUCUGAUCUUUUUUGGAACAAACUGUUUUACAUUCCCUUCAUUUUGUUAUGCAUUUUACAAUGAUACAGCUCUAUAUUUACAGUACAACUCAUUACUAUAGCUGUGACUUGUUACAGGAUUAUAAUAGAAAUUGUAUUCAUAUAUAUGUAAUUAGGUUAUUUUUAACAAUUCUGAGGAGGUGGUUAGUCUACAGUUUUUUUUAUACCAUAAACAGAAUAUGGUCUUUGGCUAAAGUUCCAACUUUACACAAACCUGCAAGCUAGAUAGUUCCAAUACUGGAAACAGUAAUUAAUAAUUGCACAGUGCAAACUGUCACUCUAACAAAAUAACCUUAGACAUAUCACACCUAAAAUAUGCUGCAGAUUUUAUAGUCAAUUGGUUACGUAUUUAACAAACAGAGCACCUUUACACUUAGAGAUAUUUCCACGUAAAUUUCUUACUGUACUUUUCAGAGUUGCAUGCAUAUUUCACCUACCAAAGUUGUGCUGUUAAAUAACAUGAAAGUUGAUGUUUGAGAUAUAACUGCCGUACUUUUGAUACAUCUGUGAUUUAGGUCCUUAAUUUAGAGAAACUAGCUCAUUGGUGUUUUGUUUUACUGGGGGUGGGGAAAUCAUACUUUUAUUUUUUAGGCCUUGCCUAUACUUCUUUAAUUAGAUUUUUGUAGGCACUCUUCACUUAAAUACCUCAGUUCUUUUUUUUUUUUUCUUUUCUUUUCCUUCUUUUUUUGCAUGCAUUGUUUUUUUUCUGUUUUGGUGCUAUGUUUAUAUAUUAUGCUUGAAAUUUUAAUUUUUUGCACUGUAACUAUAAUACCUCUUAAUUUACCUUUUAAAAAAGCUGUGGGUCUUGUAUUCCCACCAGUAUCAGUAGAGGUUUGCUGCAAUUUUGCCCUGUUAAUUAUGCUUGAAGUUUGAGAAAGCAGAGCAAGGUGUUUUAAUGUUUUCCAGCACAAUUGUUUGAACUUGAUGCUGUGUCUUAUGUAUUAAAUUACAAAUAAAUACUGUAUUUCCUGCUUUUAAACCCUAUUCCUUUCCUCACAAAUGCACACUAAAAUAAAACAAACUGUCAGCUCUUGCUUUCUUAACAAAAUAAUAAAAGAAAUGCCUUAGUGACAAGGGAUAGACAUUAAGCUUUUCUGAAAUACAGUUUUCAAAAGUUCAUACAUUUUCUAUCUCAGUCAUUUUUCAUUCUGCAAAAAAGACUGUUCUUGUAUUUGAAAGCAGCAUUGUUAUUGUAGUCAGACUGAAAAUUAAAAUACUAACUUAUAAAAAAUUCUAGCAUUUGUUUGGUACUUCAGUCAUGAAAAUAUAACGGAGAAGUAUAAGACCUGCAAGUCAUGGUGUGUAUAAAACAGGUGUAAAUGAGAUGGAACAGAAAAACAUGCAGUCUAAAUUUUCAAAGGUAAAUUGCUUUGAGUUAGCUGUUUAAAAAAAAAAAAAAGUUGGUGAUUUCAGUUUUAGCUCUUUCUUCAUGGUAGGAGUGGAGUUUGUUAGUGAAAAUACAUGAUUACUAAUGUUAAUAAUUCUGUGUUUCUGGCCAGACGUCAAUCAGCCAAUAAAAUCAGACCAUCUAGGAAAUCCUAACUAGUUUUAACUGCAUUAUGAAAAACUAAAUUUUAAGCUAGCCUUUGAAAACCUAAAAUUUCUUACUGAUUGUUACAAGGUCAUAGAUUCUCAGGGGUUUCAGGUAAUUGUUAGCAGUGAAGUGCUAUGGAGUGUUUUGCUGCAAAGAAAAUUAACUGAACUUGCUCUGUGUUUCAGAAUAGUUUAAUGAUCACUUUGUUACUAGAUAGAGCCUAUGAAUUGGAAAUCUGAAAUGUGUAGUGGCUGACUAUAAAGUAGUUUCUGCUGCUGAUGCGUUUUUAAAUGCUUUUUAAAUGCCGUAAUUUUUUCCAGUGUGACCUCAUUGAAAUAUUUUUUUUAUCCUUUGAGAUAGAAAAUUCGUAUUAGUUUCCAUGUUAUACAUCUGUGUGUUUUACCCUACAGCUGAUAUAAUUUUGAUAUUGGACAGUGUAUGCUAUUAAAGACCUAAAUCUGAUCAUUUGAAGGUUGGGACAGAAAUCACUUGACAUGCUAUAAGCACAAGUGUAAGCGGACUGUUGCAACCCAUCUUCAAAAGCAACCACACAGGCUCAUCAUAAAUAGUGUGGGGGUUAGUUGGCAUGAACCUUGGUUUUUUUAUCUUAAGUCCUGUUAUACUGUACUUUAAACAGUCCUCCUAACUAUGCUGCGUUUUUAUUUUUAUGGCUUUUUUUGCGCUGUUCUGUUCAUGUAGCACAAAUAAGCAUUGCACUUGGUACCAUGCUUUACCUCAUUUCAAGGAAAAAAAUGCUUAACAGAGAGGAAAAAUGUGGUUUGGCCUUGCUGCUGUUCUGAUUUACUGAAUUUGAAAACGGUAAUUAUAAUGCCUGCAAUGUGUCAUUUACUUGCACAACUUAAAUAGGUCAUUUGUAAUGUCUGUGGCAUUUUUACUGUAUGUGGAAAAAUACAACAAAGAUGUGUAACAACUCUUGAUUGUAUUUUGAAGCUAUUGUUUUUCUACUACAUCAUUUUACUGUUAUGUGAAGUAAUUAAAAUUAGAAUGACCUCUGGCACUCCAGUAAUUAUCUCUGAACAAACCAACGUAUUGUACAUAUAAUGUAGUUAUUGCAAGAAGACAACCCCUAGUAAUUUGGUCAACCUCAACUAAAUCUCCGCUCAGUCUUAAUAUUGAGUACCCAGUAGCGACUUUGGAAAUGUUUGUUCAGCUUGAUGCUGUGAAAGUCUGUACAGAAAAAAAGCAUACUAUUUUUAAGUCUCAUUACACAAUAGGAUGUUGUGACUGCAGAGUACAGAACUUGGACAAGAACCAGUUUCCGUGCUGGGGAGGAAUAUAGUAGUGGCCCAGGGAUGAGGUGCCAGAUCCUCAGCUCGUGCAAAUUGGUGUGGUAUCAUUUUAAUCACUGGAACUGCAUUCGCUUACAUACCUGAAGAUCUUGUGCUUAUAUGUAUGUGGCAGAGUUUGGGUUUUCCUCCUUGUAAGCAAAUACAGAACCAUAAACUGGAAAAUGUGGGGUUUAUGCAUGGUUACUGCAUAUAACAUAACUAUGCUACAUGCAUUUAUCUGUAUAAAAAGUGAAAUCUUUGUAUCCCAGUCGCAGCAGCACACGUAAUCAAAAAAUGACGAAUAGCAUCAUGGUCUGCUGUGAUACUACACUUGCCUUUGACAGUAUUCUGGGUUUGUAUGUUUUGAGUGGGGUUCCUUACAAAAUUCUUGUGGAAAUCUCUGUAUUUAUUACAUGAGUGAGGCAAAAGGGUUUUGAUUUUUUGGUACUUACCGACAUUGAUCCUUUUUCAGUUCUCUAAUUUUCAAGAAGUUAGUUAAUUUCUUUCUUUCAUAUUAGGUUUAAAACUUAAAACACUACAGUUCAUGACCAUGAAAUGUAAUCUAAAUAUCAACUGAAACUCAAGCUGAAUUAUGUUAGCAGAUACCUAGAGGUCAUUGUAGUAUACUCCACUAGCAGUUAAAAUUAAUUUCUGUCAAAGCUAGCUAUGUUUCCUAAAAAUAAAUUUUAUCCAAUAAAGUUCUUUGGGUUUUUUUCCCUCUUUUAUUUGAAUGGCAACCACAGACUACUUUAAUUGCUUUGUAGAUGCACUCAGAAUUUACUGCAGCAGCAAGUUGAAGAGAAAAAUGUUUGUGAACAAGAAUUGGAAAUUGCAGGCAUUUUUAUUGUAAAUAGUUUGACUGAAAAGAUGGUUAAAAUCAAGUAGAAUGAAUAACAAAUAUAAUUUGAUGGACAAUAAAAUAUUUACCAUCACAUGCUGCAGCUGUCUUUAAGGGACAUAAAAUGUAAUUCAUUCAUACUGUAAUCAUGCUGCAGAAGUUUGCAAUCUGCACCUUAUGGAUCACAAUUACCUUUAAUAGUUUUUUGUAAUAAUUGUAGCUGAGUAUAUCUCCAAUAAAGUUAUGGUCUGUUCACCUUG